AUGUUAUCUGCACGUUCUGUCCUAAGGAAGCAUGUUAGCAGUAAUGCAUCAAGAAACUUUUCUUCAACUGCUAUUAAAUCGAGUUUAACAAGAGAUUCUAAAGUUAAUCAAAAUUUAUUAGAAGAUCAUUCUUUUAUCAAUUAUAAACAAAAUCUAGAAUAUGUUGAUAUUGUUAGAAAAAGAUUAAAUAGACCAUUAACUUAUGCCGAAAAGAUCUUAUAUGGUCAUUUAGAUAAACCACAUGAACAAGAAAUUAUUAGAGGUACUUCUUACUUAAAAUUAAGACCAGAUAGAGUAGCUUGUCAGGAUGCCACUGCACAAAUGGCUAUUCUACAAUUCAUGUCUGCUGGUUUACCUGAAGUUGCAAAACCAGUCACUGUUCAUUGUGAUCAUUUAAUUCAAGCUCAAAUUGGUGGUGAUAAAGAUUUGAAAAGAGCUAUUGACUUAAAUAAAGAAGUUUACGAUUUCUUAGCCUCUUCUACUGCAAAAUAUAAUAUGGGUUUCUGGAAACCAGGUUCCGGUAUUAUUCAUCAAAUUGUCUUGGAAAAUUAUGCUUUCCCAGGUGCUUUGAUCAUUGGUACUGAUUCACAUACUCCAAAUGCAGGUGGGUUAGGUCAAUUGGCCAUUGGUGUUGGUGGUGCUGAUGCAGUUGAUGUUAUGAGUAACUUAGCAUGGGAAUUAAAAGCUCCAAAGAUUUUAGGUGUUAAAUUAACAGGUAAAAUGAACGGCUGGACUUCUCCAAAGGAUAUAAUCUUAAAAUUAGCAGGUAUCACAACUGUUAAAGGUGGUACAGGUAAAAUUGUCGAAUAUUUUGGUGAAGGUGUUGAUACUUUCAGUGCUACCGGUAUGGGUACCAUUUGUAAUAUGGGUGCCGAAAUCGGUGCUACUACAUCUGUUUUCCCAUUCAAUAAAUCAAUGGUUGAUUACUUAGAUGCAACAAAACGUAAUAAGAUUGCUGAAUUUGCACAAUUAUAUAAAGGUGAUUUAUUAUCGGCUGAUAAAGGUGCUGAAUAUGAUGAAGUUAUUGAAAUUGAUUUGAACACUUUGGAACCAUAUGUUAAUGGUCCAUUUACUCCAGAUUUAGCCACUCCAAUCUCAAAGAUGAAGGACGUUGCAGUUAAGAACAACUGGCCAUUAGAGGUGAAAGUCGGUUUAAUCGGUUCUUGUACCAAUUCUUCUUAUGAAGAUAUGUCUCGUGCUGCUUCUAUUGUUAAAGAUGCAGCUAAACAUGGUUUGAAAUCCAAAUCUAUUUUCACUGUUACACCAGGUUCUGAACAAAUUAGAGCUACUAUCCAAAGAGAUGGUCAAUUAGCAACUUUUGAAGAAUUUGGUGGUACCGUUUUAGCUAACGCUUGUGGUCCAUGUAUUGGCCAAUGGGAUCGUAAAGAUAUCAAGAAAGGUGAUAAGAAUACAAUCGUCUCAUCAUUCAACAGAAAUUUCACCUCAAGAAAUGACGGUAACCCAGAUACCCAUUCUUUUGUUGCCUCUCCUGAGAUUACAACUGCUUUUGCAAUUGCAGGUGAUUUAAGAUUCAAUCCAUUAACUGAUAAAUUAAAGGAUAAAGAUGGUAACGAAUUUUUGUUGAAACCACCAUCUGGUGUAGGUUUACCAGUUAAUGGUUACGAUCCAGGUGAGAAUACUUAUCAAGCACCACCACAAGAACGUGCCAAAGUCACCGUGAAAGUUUCUCCAACAUCUGACCGUUUGCAAUUAUUACAACCAUUUGCUCCUUGGGAUGGUAAAGAUGCUUUGAACAUGCCUAUUUUAAUUAAAGCUUUAGGUAAGACCACUACUGACCAUAUUUCUAUGGCUGGUCCAUGGUUGAAGUACAGAGGUCAUUUGGAAAACAUUUCUAAUAACUAUAUGAUUGGUGCUAUCAACGCUGAAAACAAGAAGGCUAACUCUGUUAAGAAUGUUUACACUGGUGAAUAUAAAGGUGUUCCAGACACCGCAAGAGACUACAGAGACACUAACCAUAAGUGGGUUGUAAUCGGUGAUGAAAAUUUCGGUGAAGGUUCUUCUCGUGAACACGCUGCUUUAGAACCAAGAUUCUUGGGUGCAUUUGCUAUAAUUACAAAAUCAUUUGCUAGAAUCCACGAAACCAACUUGAAGAAACAAGGUCUAUUACCAUUAAACUUCAAGAAUACAGCUGACUAUGACAAGAUCAACCCAGAUGACAAGAUCGACAUUUUAGGUUUAGCUGAAUUAGCUCCAGGUAAGAUUGUAACAAUGAGAGUUCAUCCAAAGAGUGGCGAAGCUUGGGACUGUCCAUUAACUCAUACAUUCAAUGAGGAACAAAUUGAAUGGUUCAAGGCUGGUUCUGCUUUAAACAAAAUCAAAAAUGACAAGGCAUAA